CUUUUCUACUACACCAUCCAUGUUCUUGCCCAGUUCAGAUUCUUAUUCUUAUUUUUUUUCUCUCCCUUUCCAUUAUUUCCUCUUCCAAGUAAUGAGGCGUUGUCUCCUCCCGUAUUUUCAUAUCCCCAUCUGGUCUAGUCUGACAAUCGCUGCUACAAUCGCUGCUGUUGUUUUAGCCACUUUUGCCCAAACAAUAUUCCAAAAGAAAACGCCAUCCGACAAAAUGGCCGCAAAAUCGCUGCAGAAUGUGGUCGUCGUGGGAGGCUCAUACGUGGGGAUGCGCGCAGCCAAGGAACUCGCUAGUAUCCUUCCGGCAUCGCAUCGUGUUCUCCUCAUCGAGCCGCACAGCCAUUUCAACCACCUAUUCGUCUUUCCACGAUUCGCCAUUGUGCCCAACCAUGAGCACAAGGCCUUCGUCCCCUACUCCACCGUCUUCUCGUCGGCCCCAGACCCUGCUCACCACCAGGUCGUGCGAGCACGCGUGGCCUCCCUUCACCCCAACCACGUCACGCUGGACCGCGAGUGGCAGGGCUCCCGGGACCUGGUGUUUGAGUAUCUCGUCGCCGCCACGGGUACACGGCUCGCCGCGCCCGGCUCCAUGCCGAGCGAGGACAAGCUACCGUCGGUCCGCUAUCUGCAGAGCUACCAGCAGGGCAUCGCCAAGGCCCAGUCCGUGGUCGUCGUCGGCGGCGGCGCCGUCGGCGUGCAGAUGGCCUGCGACCUCAAGGAGGUCUACCCGGACAAGAACAUCACCCUCGUGCACUCGCGCCAGCAGCUGAUGCCCGUCUACCACGAGGGGCUGAGCGACCUGAUCAAAGCCCGCUUCGCUACCCUUGGAAUCAACCUCGUCGCCGGCAGCCGUGCCGUCGUCCCGCCCGCCGGCUUCCCCAAUGGCACGGGCGAGCCGUUCCACGUCAGCCUGCAAGGUGACCGCUCCGUUCUGGCCGACUUUGCUAUCCUUGCCACGGGGCAGACGCCUAAUAACCAGUUCCUGCGCGGCCUCGCAUCGCCAGAGACCGACAGCGCAUCGCCUUUGCCAGACACGCUCGUGAACCCUUCUAACGGCUUCAUCCGCGUGCGGCCGACGCUGCAGUUCCGCGACGCCCGCUUCUCGCACCUCUUUGCUGUCGGCGAUAUUGCAGACUCAGGCGCUCACAAGGCUGCCCGCCCGGGCGCCGUGCAAGCGGCUAUCGCCGCAAAGAACAUUGCCGGCCUGGUGGCGGGGAGAGCGCCGAGCGAGACAAUCGUAGUGGCGCCAGCAGGAAUACAUCUGACCCUGGGUCUAACGCGAAACGUCAUCUUCAGAAACCCUGACACAGCAGCCGGCGCGACAGAGCCGUUUGUCAAUCUCAAGGAUGAUGGCCAAGAGGAUAUGGGCGUGGAGGGCUUCUGGGAGAGAAACGGCGUGGCGGUGGCAAGCCCCAAGGACUACCAUCUUUGACCUCUUUAGCUGACCCAAGAUUCCGACCGGAUCGGAUGUGGUUGCUGUAUUUGUACGUAUAAUUAAAAUCGUAGAAUCUGAGCUUAUCUCUACUUGAUUACCUUUUAACCCUGGUUAUGGCAGCAUGUUAAUAGCCUUUGUUAUCCGAGCUUUAGGGACCAGGAAAUAAGGAUUCAACCAAAGAUGCAAGGCUAGCCGCCACCACCAUGGUAUUUGGUGUCAAAGGACUGUUUCACGUCGUGACGCCGUUAGUCAAGGGGUUUCGAGCAUAGUGGAGAGAGCGGAGCCCUGAACUUUGCUAAUAAUGGUAUGCACACUGUACAUUGAAGUAAAAUACAAGAACAAACCCGAAGACGGACAAACAUCAGUAAUAGACAGACAGAAAGAAAAACCUGCAUCUGAUAGCUGCUUAAGUAAAC